ACCACAUAUUUUGCCCAGCGUCUAGAAGACAGAACAGUGUCAAUAAAAGUCCGGACUAGGGUUUCAAGUACGCAAGCCGGUACUUGCGUGGCAAUCUCCAUGUAACCGGUAGGCCUGUAUAUAAUAAAACACCGUUACUUCUGGCCUUUAGGCCACCAUAGCCUGGGUAAAUAUUAUUGAAUCCUGACAUAUGAAUCCGGCACAUGGUGACAAAUAGCAGCAGGAGAAAGGCAGACGACGGCAACAACAAAAGCCGGGGAGCAACAAAAGCGCCUGGAUCCCGGAGGAGGAGGAUGGAGAGGGGAGUCGUCCCAAAUCUGCCCCGUGCGUGACGUCACGAGAUUUCCUCCUCCCGAACAAGCGGCAGCUGGAGCCUGGAGCUGGCGGAGCCGCAGAGGGUCCGUCGCUGCAAUACAUGUCUGGACCGGGUACCACAGUCAGGCACGAUGGAUACACCACCACCACCGUCUCUCCUCAGUUUCUACCGCUGACUGCACCGACCACCGCUACAUCCCGAGGUCGCCUGCCGCGGCGGAUGCUCUAGCGGCCGAGAGAGACAAGAGGUGGGAGGAGGCGUCCCCGCCGUUCUUCUCCGACUAGCAGGCUGAGCAUCCAACAGAGCACCUCCGGAAACAAGAGAAGAGAAAUAACAUAAUAGAAGAGAGGGAGAGGGAGAGAGAAUACAAAGAGGGAGAGAAUAAGAAGGAGAGAGAAAGGGAGGGAAAGAAAGAGAAAGUGAGCCAAGCACAGGGGACAAGGAUUCUUAACUCCCCUCACCUGCAGACGAGAAGAGAGAGAGAGAGAGAGAGAGAGAGAGAGAGAGAGAGAGAGAGAGAGAGAGAGAGAGAGAGAGAGAGAGAGAGAGAGAGAGAGAGAGAGAGAGAGAGAGAGAGAGAGAGAGAGAGAGAGAGAGAGAGAGAGAGAGAGAGAGAGAGAGAGAUCUCUAAGGAAGGGUGUGAGAAAGAACGAGGGACAGAGAGGGAGAGGCAGGUGGCACAUAACUAAGGAGGAGGGUUUUAAACCUAGGGGACAACAGAAGACCAGACAGCUGAGGCAGCCAACCCAGCCUUUACCUCCAACCACUGCCCCCCAUCAUAUCUCCCCUGACCCCCGCAAACUCCCUGGUCACACGGCAGGACGCGUGACCAGGUGGGGGAUCCGUGACCAGGUGGGGGAUCCGUGACCAGGUGGGGGAUCCGUGACCAGGGGGCCGUCACCAUGAGCGACCAGAACGUGGUGAAGGAGGGCUGGGUGCAGAAGAGAGGAGAGUACAUAAAGAACUGGCGGCCGCGCUACUUCCUGUUGAAAUCGGACGGCUCGUUCAUCGGCUACAAGGACAAGCCCCAGGACGCAGACCUGGCCUACCCCCUCAACAACUUCUCUGUAGCAAAAUGUCAGCUGAUGAAGACGGAGAGGCCGAAGCCCAAUACCUUCAUCAUCCGCUGCCUCCAGUGGACCACCGUCAUCGAGAGGACCUUCCACGUGGACUCUCCCGACGAGAGGGACGAGUGGGCGGAGGCCAUCCAGAUGGUGGCAGAGUCGCUGGCCAAGCAGGAGGAGGAGGGCAUUCUGUGCAGCCCCACCUCCCAGAUUGAGAACGUCAAUGAGGAGGAGAUGGACACCUCCAUCAGCCAGCACAAACGGAAGACAAUGAACGACUUUGACUACCUGAAGCUGCUGGGGAAGGGGACGUUUGGGAAGGUCAUCCUGGUCAAGGAGAAGGCCAGUGGCACCUACUACGCCAUGAAGAUCCUCAAGAAGGAGGUCAUCAUCGCCAAGGAUGAAGUGGCUCACACACUUACAGAGAGUCGUGUUCUUAAAAACACCAGGCAUCCUUUCCUGACUUCCCUGAAGUAUUCCUUCCAGACCAAGGACCGGCUCUGCUUCGUCAUGGAGUACGUCAACGGCGGGGAGUUAUUCUUCCACCUGUCAAGAGAACGUGUGUUUUCGGAGGACCGGACCCGUUUCUAUGGCGCCGAGAUCGUGUCUGCCCUCGACUACCUACACUCCGCCAAGAUCGUGUACCGCGAUCUGAAGCUGGAGAACCUGAUGCUGGAUAAGGACGGUCACAUCAAGAUCACCGACUUCGGUCUCUGCAAGGAGGGCAUCACGGACACAGCCACCAUGAAGACCUUUUGUGGAACACCAGAAUACCUGGCCCCAGAGGUUCUGGAGGACAACGACUAUGGUCGGGCGGUGGACUGGUGGGGUCUGGGCGUGGUGACGUACGAGAUGAUGUGCGGCCGGCUGCCCUUUUACAACCAGGACCACGAGAAGCUGUUUGAGCUCAUCCUCAUGGAGGACAUCAAGUUCCCCCGAACGCUGUCGUCUGACGCCAAGUCCCUGCUGUCCGGCCUGCUCAUCAAGGACCCCAACAAACGGCUGGGUGGGGGUCCAGACGAUGCUAAGGAGAUCAUGCGCCACAGUUACUUCACCCUCGUCGACUGGCAGGACGUCUACGACAAGAAGCUGGUGCCGCCCUUCAUGCCGCAGGUGUCGUCAGAGACGGACACGCGCUACUUUGAUGAAGAGUUCACCGCCCAGACCAUUACCAUCACUCCCCCGGAGAAAUUUGACGAGGAUGGGAUGGAUGCGGCGGACAGCGAAAGGAGACCUCACUUUCCCCAGUUCUCCUACUCUGCCAGCGGACGGGAGUGACCCCUCCUCCCCCUGCUCCAGCACUCCCCCGUCCCCUUCCCUGAGCUCCUACACCCCCCCCCCCAUCUGUGGCCAUUUUGAGGAAAACACGUAGCCAUUUUAGGAAGAAGAAAAAACGAAAAGUGUCCCCUCUUUUUCUCCUCCUGCUCCUCUUCCAUGGGGAGAGUCUGUCCUCCUCGGGGGAUAGUCUUUCUUGGGACUUUAAAAGACGUUUUGCACAGUGGGAUGGACGCGCUGUCGGCCCACACUAAACACCACCACCCCCACCACCACCAACAACUAAAACAGAUUCACAACCACACCGGGAACCGUGCCCCACAUGUCCAGCAACAUUUACCCCAAGAGACCACCUUCAGUUCUGUUUCCGCAGCACUGCUCGCGUGCAUCCAUCCAUCGCCUCAUCUCCCUCUAUGUCCUCUUUCCUCGUUACCUCUGUCCUCAUCUUUCUCCAUCCCUCUCUCCUUUUCUCCCUCUCCUCUCCAUCCGUCUCUCCUCUAUCCUUCCUUUCCUCCCUCACUCUUUCCCUUCCUCCCUCUCUCCUCCAUCCUCUGUCUCCUCUCCCUCUUGUCUUGCUCUUCACUCCCUCUCUCUUCCCUGUCUCCCCCCUCUCCCUCCAAAUAUUUAUGUGUUUACUGUGUUCCACUUGGUUGGAGAGGGACGUCUGAGAGAGGAAAACCAAAUAUGUUGCCUUACGUGUGCAGACGGACGGGGCGGGCUCGUAUUCAGUUCCAUUUUAAUUCUGAUGGUUUGUGUUGUCGUUGGGGUGGGUGUGGGGGGGAAGGGGGGUUAAAUGUCAUUCCUAUUUGGGAGUAAGUGCAUGGCUCGUGAUUCACUCCGAAGGAAAAAAAAAGAAAGAACAUUCAUACGACCACAGAAAAACAAUUUCCUUUUUUCAUACAUCGCCAUGGUAGCACACAUUCUGCGAUCCCAUGGCAACAAGGACCACUGUCGACAAGAAGGCAACCACAACCACUGUCUACUAGUAAACAACAGAAAGAAAAGGAGAUCGCCUCUCGUCCCCUUUUCAUCCUCAGAGUUCUCUCUCCUCUUCUCUCUUUUUCUGUUUUUUUUGGGGCAGGUUUAUUAUUUUUCAUUUCCUUUCUGCAAACAAACCAGGAACACUAAAAUACUGCCAGAAGACUGCAUGGAUCACCUCGCUCCACUGAGCACAAACCGCUGUUCCACUACGCCACCGCCCAGUGCUCAGACAGUUGAGCUCAGAAGAAGAGGAGGACGAGCCAGGUGUCACUCUCUGCUGUGCUUCCUGCUCUGUCCUCUCGUAGCGAUACCGCUAGCAAGGCUAUCACACUACUAGUAAGGCUAGCACGGCUAGUAGUGCUAGCAUGACUAGUAAGGCUAGCCCCGCUAGUAAGGCUAGCACACUUUUAGUAAGGCUAGUACAGCUAGUAGCGCUAGCAAAACUCGAAAGGCUAGCCCUGCUACUAACACUAGCACUGCUAGUAAGGCUAGCCCUGCUAGUAGCGCCAAGAUGGACGCUCACACAGCAGGAGGCUGCUUCUGUUCGGGCUGAGAGGGCAACCUCAUGCUGUUACUUAUCUCAUACAUGGUGCAUCGUCCCACACACUCCAGAAACACACAUUCCAGAAAGACCAGAAACGCACACUACAGAACACUCCAGAAACAUACACAGGAAGGGCAUCCAAGUGGAAACGGAGGCAGAGAGAAGACUUACUAAAUGUAGAUUGAUAUUCUCAGUGUUAGCCAGUAUUGCUAUAUCCUCAUAGACAUACGCUAGCUAGGGUAGCCUAGCUAAUCCUCAUACACACUACAUUAACUAGCAUAGCCUACCUAGUUAUGAUGCACACAGAACACUACGUUUGCAAGUGUAGCCUAGCUAGUCCUCAAACACGCAACACUGUUAGCUAGUGUAGUCUUGCUAGACCAACACACAUGCACAGACACACACUACAUAAGCUAGCAGAGCCUAGCUAAUGCUCAUACACAAAACACUAUGCUUACUAGCCUAGUUUAGCUAGUCCUCAUAUGCAUAACACUACGCUAUGCUGGUUAGCGUAGCCUCGCGCCCUAGUCAAACAGAACCGUGAGAGUUGAUGAGGCGUUUGAUCAAAGGAAGGUUCUGGAGGUUUGCUGGUCUCACUGCAUCCUCCUUACUGGUCCCAGAUAUCGCACUGUGGUUUGCCAACCAUUUCAUUAGUUCAUUGAUCCCAGUUGGUUCACUAGUACAUUGUCGGUGAAACAACAAGGCAACAAACUUGAGUUUUCAACUACCAUAGCGUUUCCACGGUGUCUCUCGGAGGGUUUUGAAAGAGAUGUAGAAAUGUGGCUGACCCGCUGGCAGUACGUUGGAUUGGAGUAUGGAUGCUGCUGUUGUCAACAUCUGGCUCUUAUAGCAGCUGCUUAGUUCUCACUCUGCCCCAAACACUCAGACCCACUUCUCUCUGAUGUGAGGACCAUGCUUUGUGGGGACCAUGCCGGCCCCAUUAAAGGGUCAACAGUUUUUGUGUGUAAACCUUAAGGGGCACACGACCGUAAGAGAAUAUCCAGUAUCAGUAUUAGCUCGGAGAACAAGCGCACACAAUACACACUCUGUCGACCCAAUGGACGGUAUCAAGACUAGCCAAUCAUGUCAAACUACGGAAGCUGUACUAAGAGAUGGUUGUCUGUAAGAUCGUGUGUGUGUGUGUGUGUGUGUGUGUGUGUGUGUGUGUGUGCGCAGUCAUAAAAGGAAAUGCGUUUCAUCACCUUUGUGUGUUUAUGUUGUAAAUAUGCAACGCUUUCUUUUAUGUUCCUUUCGUCACAUCUUGACCAGACCAAUAUUUUUCUGUGUAACUUUUACCGGGAGCUUUGAGGAUUCAGCAACAAAAACAAAAAACAUACAACCGAGGCUCUGAAAUUUACUGAACAUUUAUAAGGAAAAUAACGAGAAGGACGGAAAAUCAAGGACAAGUGUUUGACUCCUUUCUCCCUCCGCUCUUCUGAGAAAUAUGGAGACCACCGCAGACCUCCACCUAACCCCACCCUGGGGUCCCGCAGACGGCGUGUGUGUGUGGGGGGGGAUGCAUCGUGAUGGGGAGGUUGGUCUGUUAUGUGCCUGUUUGGUCGUUUCUUUACCAUGUGGGACCACGACGGAGUGGGUUUGCAGUGCUAGGUCAUCACUCUGUUCCCCCAGCCCAUCUGUACCAUAGUACUGUUUUAUUUAUCUGUCGUGUCCCCUGGCCGUGUCGCCCAGGGCGUCGUCGUGGAGAUUUUUUUUUUUUGGAAAAAGCCCCGGUUGAAACGUUAUUGAAGGAUGUGGAUACGUUGUUUUAUUUUACUUUAUUUUUUUAUUGUUUGCUUGUUUGUUUUCUUACCAAAACAACAUUAGGGCAGAAACUCAGUAGUGGACUUGCGUUGCCAUGGUAGUAUUUAUUUUGAAUUAAAUUAAAAGACUACAUUUCAGGGUU